GUGGCGCAACGGAGUCGCAACGGUUUCUCCUUGUCCUUGGAACCAUGGAUCCGCAUGGCCCUGACCAAGCAGGUGCAUCGUUUGGUGGAAGACGGGCUCCUGGACGACCUCGAGGGCCUGCACUGUGAGAAAUGCAGCCAGGGCGCUGUCGAGGCUUGGCGGGGCGUUGAUGUGGCCCGCGCCUUGGACGUGGGAGAGAAGUGCGCGCGCCGUUACAUGGACUUUGCACGAGACAUCAUGCGCGAG